AUGUCUCAGAUGAGAGCUGUUAAUGACGAAUCUGAUGCCAAAGAAUUGAAAUUUCCGCCGGAGUUCGAAAAUGCAGAAACUCUGAUGAUUUCGGAAGUGAAAUUUUUGUUAGAAAAUAGGAAAAAGCAGAAUGAAACCAACCUUGCUCAUGAGGUUGAACUUUCUGCUAAUUUCACAAAGACGUACAAUUAUGCCACACAAUUUUCUAAAUUUAACAACCGCGAUACUAUUGAAACGCAAAAGAGAUUUCACAAUUUCGAGUUGGCCGCUAUAGCAAAUCUUCUUCCAGAUACAGCUGAGGAGGCAAAGGUACUUAUUCCCAGUUUGGAAAAUGCCCGAUUUCCUGAAGAGGAACUUCAGCAAAUUCUUGAUGAAAUUCAGUCUAAGCGAAGUUUCCAAUCGUAA